AUGCGGGGGAAUUGCAUUUUGACGUCUGGGUUGCUGCUUGCCACUCUGUCUCUUGCUAUUGCCAAGCACAAGCCAUCUUCCUUUGCCAAGAGCUGUUACCCAAGGGGGGAGCUGUCCCAAGCUGUUGACAUGCUCUAUGUCAAGGCAGCAAGGCUCAAAGCAACAAUUCCAGAAGACAGCAUAAAAAAUAUACGAUUAUUAAAAAAGAAAUCAAAAAAGCUAUUUAUGAAGAACUGCAGAUUCCAAGAGCAGCUUCUGUCCUUCUUCAUGGAAGAUGUUUUUGGUCAACUCCAAUUACAAGUUUGCAAGGAAAUGCACUUUGUGGAAGAAUUUCACAGCCUUAGGCAGAAACUGAGCCGCUGUAUUUCCUGUGCUUCAUCAGCUAGAGAGAUGAAAUCCAUUACAAGGAUGAAAAGAACAUUUUAUGGGAUUGGAAACAGAGGAAUCUACAAAGCCAUCAAUGAAUUGGAUAUUCUUCUUUCCUGGAUUAAACAAUUCCUGGAAAAUAUUAAGUAA